AUAAACAAAUCAUAUCUGAGUUUUGUUUUCUAUCUCAAGAACCUUUGAGUUAGAGAACAAAACUCAGUGUUGUCUUUCAUUGAAACCAUUUAUUAUUUGUAAUAAUUGUAAGAAAAAUGGCAUCCAAUGGGACAACAGAGAAAAAGGCUGGCAAAUAUGCAUCCUUCUUCUCCGGCACACAAGACAAAUGUGGAGUUUGCAAGAAAACUGCAUACCCAUUAGAGAAGGUGACAAUGGAAGGAGAAAUCUACCAUAAAAACUGCUUUAGGUGUUCACAUGGUGGUUGUGUGCUUACAACAUCUUCAUUUGCUGCAUUAGAUGGUAUCCUCUAUUGUAAGAUCCACUUUGCUCAAUUGUUCAAAGAGAAAGGUAGCUAUGCACAUGUUACCAAGGCAACUGCCAUGAAGAAAACCUCAUCAGAAGCCAAGACAGAAGAUGAUCCAACACCAGGGGCUGAAGCUGAAGCUGAAGCUGAAUAAGAUGAUUCUUACAAUAGGGAUUUGAAUUAGGUGUUUUCUUUUUACGGGUUAAGCUACAUUCCAUUACUUUUUUUUUUCUAUCACCAUUCAUAAGUAUGACUUAUUGAAAAGUAAUGAAAGGGAUCUUAACUUCUGUUUAUUUUCA